AUGAGGAGAGGAAAAGAGAGGCCGUCCUGGUGGCACCAUAUCCUAUUCUGUAUAAGCCAUGAGAAGAAGGCGCGGGUGGGCGGCCCUUAUGAGGUCCAUCAUCAGGCUGUCGCGAAGUUAUCAUACAUCCCCACGUCUCGACUCCUCCUCCGGCGGCAAUAUGAUUCAGUUACUACUCCAGUCCUGGCAAUCAGCUUGUGCUUGCAGGGUGAACGGCCGCGGGCAAACAAGGGCGCCCAGGGUCUCAUCAUUGCUUAUUGCAACGCGGCAGCUAGCAGUUGCGACCUCGCUGCAUGCGUACAAGGGUUGAUCUGUGACCGAAGCAACGAUUUUUCCUGCAAACUCGCGUCAGCCCUAAGGAAUACUACCGAGGACGACGCACAAGCGACGUAUUUCCAUGCGAAGUUGGGUACCUGCUGCUGGGCGGUCCAAGCAACGCGCUGUUCCAUGGAAGACCCCAUACCGCAGGAUGGAUGCAUCCUGACAUCCCAUUUGAGAAAGCCGGUCCGUCGCUGCUUUGGCUGCGUGGGGACAGAGCGUCCCGCAUGCCGGCCAACGCUGCUUCUGGAAUUUCACCACCUCGACGACCACCCUCCCAACGGCCGGCGCACAUUCGGCGCCGCUGCCGCUGCUGAUCACCAACAGAGCCCAUUCCUGCACCCUGUCUCUGCCAUGCCAGAGGCAUCAUCCAGUAUCCCGUGCAGCUUAGCCGUGGCCGCAGCAGCUACAGCUGCAACUCCGAACCACUGGCCAGUAGCUGCCGUGAACGCGCUUCCCGCUGCAGUGACCGUAUUCAUGCUGGAUAGUGGAGUGGUGCUGUUCCAGAACGCGGCCAGUCGGGCGCUUCUUGGAAGCCGGCUUGCAGCCAUGCCUACACCAUGCGUGGGUGCAGCACUGCCGGCCAUCACAGCAUUAAUGGCAGAUGAAACUGCUCGGCCCGGAGCGACUCCUGAAGGGUAUUGUGCGGGUUUAUCACGGAGCCAUACUCCUAACACCUCUAGCGUGGCGCUGGGGCUUGACCACGGCUUGCUUCCGGCCUCUCAGGGCCACCCGGCAGAGCCGCACACUGUUCCACCGGAGCAGGCUGAUGAAGGCGAGGUGGAGGCCAACGUGCUGAAAUUGCUUUUCAGCUUGGAGCCGGUAAAGCUGGAGGAGAUGCUGACGGCGGUCUCGGUAACAGAAGGGGCGUGGCAAGUUCGUGUGCAUGCAUGCCUAGUUGGUUUCACGCAAUCUCGCCCACUUGCUAGCAACCUGCAAAAGCUUGCCUGUCUGCAUGCGUGA